AUGGGGUAUAAUAAAGCUCUCAAAACAAUUCCAAACUCACUUGGUAAGUUAUCACAACUCAAGAAGCUCAAACUCUGUAGCUAUAGAAGUUUAACAAGCCUUCCCGAUACUGUGGACAAUUUGGUGCGGCUUAAAGAGUUGGGUUUAGGCAAUUGUAUAGAUCUUAAAAGCCUUCCAGACACUUUAGGUAAUCUGGCUAAAAUAGAAGAGUUGAACUUGUACGAAUGUAAAGGUCUAAGGAUUCUUCCCAACACAAUUGGUGGCUUGGCACAACUCCAGGAGAACGCCCAAAAUCUGUGCACUGGGUCACUUCGUAUAUGGAGGAGCAGAGAGGAUGACCAAAGUGGAUACAUUCGCAGGGCAAGUGAUAGCAGUGAUAUUCUUGUUCCUGUGUUUUCAAAACGUUUUGAGACGAUGAAUAGAUGGCUGAGAGAUAUUGAAGCUAUAGACAGCUCAAAGGGUCUUAUUAUUCCCUUCUUUCCUGAUGGAGAUUCGGUGGUCUUGUCUUUUUGCGAGAGUUGUUAUGUUUGCUGA